AUGCUAUUUUCAAUUAUUGUUUUCACACUUUUUUCAUUUGCUAAUUUAUCAUUAGCAAACGAAUGUCCAAAAAUUGUCACACAAAAAGAUUUUGAUGUUACUAAAUAUGUUGGUUUAUGGUAUGAAAGUUAUCGAAAUGAUAUCAUUUUUGAAACUGGAGCCAAAUGUGUCAAUGCAACAUAUACAUCAAAUCCUGAUGGAACAGUAGCUGUUUGGAAUCAAGCAAUAAAUUGGCUCGGUGAAUAUACGAGUAUUCGAGGUACAGCUAAACCGAAAAGUGCUUCAGAACCUGGUGCAUUUAUUGUUACUUUUGAUAGUCCACUUCAAAAGGGUGACUAUAAUGUAAUCAAAUCGAAUUAUGUUGAUUAUAGUCUUGUCUAUGCUUGUCGUAAUAUUCCAGUUCUUAAUAUAAAACUUGAAUUUAUUUGGUUACUUUCGCGAACAAAAACAAUGUCACCAUCGAUUGUGAAUGAAUUGAAACAGAUUCUUUCAGAUAUGGGUGCUAAUGUUAACAGUUUGGCACAUGUAGAACAGAAUUGUUAA